UAACGAAGCCAAUCCCUAACGUCUCCGUGGCGCCAAGAAACACCCACUGACCCACUCGAAUUCCGAGCCAGGGAUACCAUGUUCCUGCGGAGGCUUCCUAUUUCCGUGGAGAAUACUCUAACUCCAAUUCCCAAACAUCACGCUUCUCCUUCUUCUCCUCGUUACCAAACACACCGAUACCCUUCCCUGCCCGUCGUUCCCAAUCUUCGAAGUCGCGGUAUCGUUCUAGCUUCGCCAAAUGUCGCCGUCGAGGUCCAGGGCGAGUCGAGCGACGGACCCGUCGGCUCAAGACCGUCUCGGGAGCCUGAGCCGCUGCCACCUGAGCUGCGACCGGAUCUGAUACCAAAGCAUGUGGCGGUAAUUAUGGACGGAAACGGUAGGUGGGCUAAGAUGCGAGGGUUGUCGCCGUCGGCCGGUCACGAAGCUGGCGUGAAGUCGCUGAGAAGGAUUAUCGAACUGUGUUGUAGUUGGGGGAUUAAGGUUCUGACCGUUUUCGCGUUUUCGUAUGAUAAUUGGGUUCGCCCAAAGGUGGAGGUUGAGUUUUUGAUGAACCUCUUUGAAAGAACAAUAAGCACAGAAAUUGACGCUUUCAAGAGUGAGGGAAUCAGAAUUUCUGUAAUAGGAGACACGACAAAACUCCCAGAAACUCUGCAGCGAAUGAUAAAAAAUUCAGAGGAAAGCACAAAGGAAAACUCGUUAUUCCAAUUGAUAGUGGCGGUUAGCUACAGCGGCAAGUACGACGUCGUGCAAGCAUGUAAAGCCAUAGCUGAGAAGGUGAAAGAAGGCGCGGUGGAACCAGAAGACAUCAGCGAGAGCCUGAUUGAGAAAGAACUUGAAACCAGUUGCACGGAGUUCCCAAACCCAGACCUUAUGAUUCGGACCAGUGGAGAACUUAGAGUCAGCAACUUCUUGCUGUGGCAAUUGGCCUACACAGAACUGGUCUUUGAUCCAGCCCUGUGGCCUGAUUUUGGGAAGCAGCAAUUUGUGGAAGCCUUGGCUUCCUUCCAACAGAGGCAGAGACGCUUUGGUGGACGCAACUCGUAAUCUAGUCAUUGUAUUUGCUUCAAAGCUUAGGCUAUGAUUGGCCAUGGACCUGGGACGAUAAUGCUUUUUUUAAAUCGUUAUUGUAAUAAAGUUUUUUUAUACAGUUUAUCUGUAGCAUCAA